CUAUGGCGGUUGCUAGCUACCGCUAUUUCGAUACUUGUCUCGCUUAUAACACGGUUAUAAUUUUUAAAAUGAAAUAUAACGUGACAUUGAGUUCCAUAAAUGUUUUUGUCUGGUAGCAGAUGAAGUACUUGGGACUGAAACGGAGUUAAAACGGAUGUAAUGUUACCGAACAUCGGAAACUAAUCUGCUGCUCUCUAGCUGUUAUUAGCCUGUUAGCUAUUUAGCGUCUGACAGAUAUCUCUAACGUCCACAUAAAUUAGCCUGUUAGCGGUGUUGUUGUCCCAGCAUUAGUGUCGUCAUAUGUGAAAACAAGAACAAGUUUUCCCCAGAUUCGGUGUUGUAAUUCGUGUUUAUUUUGGCACCCUGUCUCUGCAGCUGUCAUUUAGUUUGUCCUCCGUUUUAAAGCAGGCAGUACCGUUAUCUGUAGCAGCUGUAGAGAUGCCUGGGUUUGGAGCUGAUAAAGAAGAAUCGGACAGACUGAUAGAGAAAGCUAAGCUAUGUUUAAGAUUAGGGCAGAAAGAAAAAGCCCUGCAGAUGUUAUAUGAAGCACUGAAAAUAUACCCCAGCACCCGAGCCCGAGUCCUCAUUGAUGCUAUUGUGAAGAACGGGAGUGCAGCCGCUCCAGAAACCGAGCGUACGUACACUCCACCACCCGGGUGGAGGAACACAGAUGAAGAAAUAUCCACUCGGCGGCGGCAUCAGCGUUACAGCACAGGGGAUGCUGAUGAGAUACCAAGCGAUGACAAGAAAAGCUACACUGAAGAGCAGAGGCAGGGAGUCCUAAGGAUACAGAGAUGUAAAGAUUUCUAUGAGAUUCUGGGUGUUCCAAAAGAUGCUAGUGAUGAGGAUCUGAAAAAAGCGUAUCGUAAGCUUGCACUGCGUUUUCAUCCAGACAAGAACUGUGCUCCUGGAGCUACUGAUGCUUUUAAAGCUAUUGGUAAUGCCUACGCAGUGCUGAGUAACCCAGAGAAGAGGCAGCAGUAUGAUCAAUAUGGUGAACAGGGUGCUGCAGAGACAGCUGGUCACUCCUCAGCCCAACCUCGUUACACUCACACACACCAACGAACCUUCCAUAGGGACUUUGAGGCCGACAUCUCACCAGAAGAGCUCUUUAACAUCUUCUUUGGUGGCAGGUUUCCAACAGGAAACAUUCAUGUAUACACAAACAGAGGAGCUACUUAUUCACAUUUCUACCAGCCGCGCAGACGGCGUGCAUAUGAGAGACGGGAGGAGGAAGUACAGGAAAAUCGCAGCCAGAAUACAUUCACCGCCUUCCUGCAGCUUCUGCCUGUUCUGGUGCUAAUCCUCAUCUCUGUAAUAACUCAGCUGAUGGCCACUAAUCCCCCUUACAGCCUUUUCUACAAACCGUCCAUGGGUUUGGUGGUGUCCAGAGAGACUCAGCACAUGGGUGUCCAGUAUUAUGUGGAUAAGAGCUUUGAGAAGGAGUACCAUGGGGCAGCUCUAGAUGAACUGGAGAAGACCAUUGAGACUGAUUACAUAGACCAUCUACAGAGCAGCUGUUGGAAAGAGAAGCAACAGAAGUCUGACCUGGCUAACCUGGGUCAGCUUUAUCGUGACGAGCGGCUGAAGCAGAAAGCCGAGACCAUGAAGCUGGACCACUGUGAGAAGCUGCAUCGCUUUGUGGGCCGCCAAAGGGGCAACUAAAUAAGGACAUCCUCUAUCAUACAAAAUGAUUUUACCCAGACCUAAGAGGUUUUAAUGUUUGUGAUUAAUCUUUGCUGUGAUUAAUCACUUUAUUUAGAGAGAGAGAGAGAGAGAGAGAGAGUUUUUAGGAAUAAUGCUGUGCCUUUCUUUUAGCCCUGCUGAAUUGGUAAAGGCACCAGCAUGGCAGAAUGCACUCAAGCUGCUGGAAGUGAUCAUUUCAGUCAGCUUUUUGCAGCAGUGACCCGUAGCCUCAUCACAGAGGACCUGCUUUUGUGUAUGUGUUCUAGAGCUGGGUUUUACUUCCUUACAUUAAGGAUUUUAGGCUCUAGGUGCACUGAUAUUAGAUUCUUCUGUACAUACUCUUAUUUAAUAUGCCUGAGUUUUAGUAGUAUAGUAGACAGUCAAUAAUAAGAAAUAAUUUAAUUUAUUGAACUAAUUCAUCUUAUUUAUUUUUCUUUAUGUGCACUGACUUAUGUUUAGUUGGAAUUAAUCAGGAUGAAGACUUUUCAGUUUCAGUUCAGAACACUAGAAUCUUUGUUUUUGUUUGUUUAUGCUGACCUAAAAAUAUUAACCCAAAAUACACAACCCCAAAAGUCAUUUUCAUAAAGGUAAAACUGUUUUACUGGAUUAAAUUUUCUAAGUUGUGUAUUAAUUGAUGCUUGGUGUCUGAGGAUAUUAGUAUUUAAGUCAUUUGUGGUGUUAGAAGAAAAAGGCAUUUUAUGCUCUGACACCCUUGCCAAAAGUCAUUAUAUUAGUCAGUUUUUCAAUAUCUAUGCUGACAGAUUUUAGAGAGACAUUUUUUUUCAGAAGUGCAUGCAAUGCAAUGGGAGUUUUAUUUCGCUUUGAAUUACUAAUCACGUUCAAUCCAGAAGGUUUAAUUUAGUCCUCAUGCAGUUCAUUUAAUUUAGCUAUAAACUGUUACUGUUUGAAUUGUUGACAUGUUAAUAUCUAAUACCUCAUGUUAAGUGAACACUAGUCCUAAAAUUGUUUAUCACAGCACACUGUAAUGCCUGACAGCCAUGCUGAAUGCUCAUCGGUGCAACACACAGUUCAUGUCAGGAACUGAUUUUUAGGAAUCAAGGUGAAUUGUAGCAGUGAUGUCACUUAUUAGCUGGACCAGUGUGUGUGGUUAGCUGAUGCAGACUGAGAUAUUGUGUGUUGGUUUAAUUGAAACACUGAACAUUCUCUUCUACUCCUGAAUUCUACAAUAAAAGUACCGUAUGGUUCUUCUAAUAACUU